UUUUGCUCAGCUGCUGCCUGCCACAGAAUUCAGUCAGUGUUCAGUUCACUUCUUGGUGCUUGUUUCUGUAUUGUGCGUCGUGCUCACUUCAAGUGUCAGUUCCUUGCGACCACGAUAAUGUUUUUGUUGAUAUGAACCAACUUGAAAGAACUUUAUACAAUGGUGCCUUAGUUAAUAAUAAUUUAUAGUUUGUAAUUAUGUCUUCCGAGUGUCUAGUGAGUUAAUUCUAUUUUGUUGAGUUUGUUCAAUCCGGCAAAACUUUUUAGUAACGAGUGCCGAGUACAUAGCGUCAGCGUGAGUGUAACGGAAUGUUAUUUAUUAUUACCAGUGUUUCAAGUGCCGAUGUGAGUUUUGUGAACGUUAUUUUUAAUCCUCAUGUUGCUAAAAAGUUCCUAAACAACUGAAAACAGUAAACGUGGAUUGAUCAGAAGAUGACUGGCGGUCUCUCUUGAAACCACAAACAUUCCACAAUGCGGGAAGAGGAUCUCGAAAUCGCCAUCAAGGUGGUGAUUGUCGGCAAUGGAGCGGUAGGCAAGUCCAGCAUGAUUCAAAGGUACUGCAAGGGCACUUUCACCAAGGACUAUAAGAAAACUAUCGGUGUGGACUUUCUUGAAAGGCAGAUAGAAUGUGAGGGUGAGGACGUGAGACUGAUGCUAUGGGACACGGCAGGACAGGAGGAGUUCGACGCCAUUACAAAGGCCUACUACAGGGGUGCGCAGGCAUGCGUUCUCGCCUUCUCCACCACUGACCGCGAUUCCUUCGAUGCCAUUCACUCAUGGAAACUUAAGGUUGAAGAUGAGUGUGGAGAAAUACCGACCGUACUUGUUCAAAACAAGAUUGACCUCAUGGACCAAAGCGUGGUUGAUCCUGAGGAGGCCGAUCUGUUGUCAAGAGCUCUAGGCUGCCGGUUACUGAGGACGUCCGUGAAAGAAGACGUCAAUGUGAACACAGUGUUUAGACACCUGGCGUCGCGAUGCCUCGCCGAAUUGCGGCAUCAAGAAGAGGAAUAUGAUAUUGCCUCCAAUGGAAUACAUCCAUUGACAAUCAGUGCCUUUGGACCUAUGCAGCAUAACCAAAAAUCGAAUCACACAAACGGCACCAUUGUCUUAAGGUCAGGCAAACUGAAAACCAGAAAGAAAAAGAAUGUUUUCAGAAACGCCUGCCGUAUCUUAUGAUAUUCUAUUGCUCAUUAUUAGAAUCAUUUUUAUAAACUCGACAAUAAUAUCUAGAAGUUAGGAGUUGUUAUUGAACAUAAACCGAAGCGACAACGUGAGAGAACAUAAAUGUUUUAGAAUUAACUUAAUUUUAGGUAUAGUAAUUAAGACAAACGUCCUUCCAUCUUUUAUAACAUUGUUGAAAAUUCUGUUGAUAUUUUUAAAUUUUGGCAGAGGUAUGUUGUAGAACUGUAAUAAUAUACAGUUUGGAGUCCUAAAGUAGUUUUGUAUUACUUGUAAGCAAUCUAUAAGAAUUGUCUAUUGUUUCUGAAAAUGCAGACUUGAUGAUGUAUAGUGUAACAUUUGUUUAAGUCAUUUGAAAAAUUGUGAUUUUGUAAAUUUGUUUCGAUCUUGUAUUUAAAUUGAAUAAAACAUUUUUAUAGAAUUUUAUAAACUCAA